UUGACAGCGGAAGUAGUUUGGUUCAAGUCGGUUCAGCUCACACCGGGUCCGGAGUUUCAGGAGCUAAGCCUAGAUCGCAGUGCGGGUCCAGCAGCAUCACAAACAGAUGGACGACAAACUAUCAGAGGAGGAUGGACAGACGUUACAAGUGCCCAAAGAGGAGGAGAUGGAGGUCACCGUGUCAACACAACUAGAAAAUCUCAUCGUCACCUCUGACGAGGCAGACGCAGCAUCAAAUACACCAACGCAGGCAGAGGGAACGGGAGAUGUUCUUACAGCAGCCGCAGCGCUUCCUUUAGACGUUGUGUGUAAGAAAGAGGACUGUGACGACGACGAUUCAGAGGAUUCAGACAGUGACAGUUCUUCCUCUUCCUCCUCCUCUUCCUCUUCUUCCUCAUCCUCCUCUUCUCCCUCUGCCCUCGUGUUCGGGGAUGAUGACGACGACGAGGGUUUCAGCCAACCAGCGCCCAUCAAAACCAGAGAUGAAAUUCUGCUCGAGGAGCUGCCAGCGGUGGAGGAGGUUGUGUCCUUACCAGAAGAUGCAGAACUGCAGCCUGUAGGAACAGUCUCCAGUAUUAUACAGCAACUUGUCAUCAUCCAGUCUCUGAAAGACACGCCCCCUCUGAAUGAUGACAGCAUCAUCUUUAGAUCUGAUAGGCUGGCUCUGGGCAAGGUGUUUGAGGUGUUUGGUCCAGUGUCCAGUCCGCUCUAUAUUUUGCGUUUUAACUCUGUGGACCAGAUAAGCAGCAAGGGGCUGACAGAGGGAGUGACAGUUUAUUAUGCACCAGCCAUUAAAGAGUACACAGGAUACAUUCUCACGCAACAACUCAAACUUUUAAAGGGAUCUGAUGCAUCCUGGAAGAACGACCAAGAACCACCAGUGGAGGCUUUAGAUUAUAGUGAUGACGAGAAAGAGCAGCAAGCUAAGAGGAAAGUGAAAAACUCCAAAAAGAAGAGGGACAAUAACGGCACAGAUAAUCCCGCCCACAUUACCCAGAACACCUUGCCGCCGCAGCAGGAGCGUGACGUCAGGAAUUUCCCACCAAGACAAGCAGGGGCUCCAUUCAGGCACCAGAGCCCGAGGAAUAAACCCCCAAUGUUCAGACACACACACACUCCACCCAGACACGCACCCCCACCACCUAGACACACCUAUGUCCCUCCCAUGUACCUCCCCCCGUGCCCUUACCCCAGCACUUCAACUUUUCCCCCACCCAACUUUCCGCUCUACCCGCCUCCUCCACCUUCUUUCUUUAACCCGUCUUCUUCUCUUUCCUUCUGGCCACCAAACUCUAUCCCCUUCUCUGACCUCCCUCCUCCCCCACCACCUCCUCCUCCACCUCCUCCUCCACCUCAGUGAUGCCC